UUUUUCAGAUUCUGGUACUCUACCCUUUAUCAGACAACCCACACACAAAAGAAAAUCCUUCCACCUUACCAUACCUCUACCAGUUGUGCUUAUAUUUCCGACUUCGAGAUUCCAUAGUUUUUGCAAUGACAAAACAUCAUGGGUCUCCAACCCAUUGUUUUAGGAACUCUCGAUUAAAAAACACAAGGCGAAUAUUGGCUUUCUCAUUUCUAAUUUCAACCUUGUGACCCAACUCUCCUGUUUCUCAUAGAGUAAGGCAUAAUGACUGAGGUGAAAACUAUUGGCAACAGACCAGUGAUCUAGUGCCACACUGGGACCAUAAGAGUGCAUCUGAUGAUCAUCGUGAUGACAUGCAUGUUUAUAGUAGUGGUGAAGUCAAUGAGGAACUUAUCUCCCGCCCUUGCCAGGUAAAAGAAAUUGAGAUUCAGUAUGAGGAAACUACUAAACCAGUUGACGUACAUGCUUUGAAGAAGUGGCUUUGGCAUCACAUGAUGGAUUCCAGAGAAAGCACAGAGUCGGUACAUGAUGGCACUAUAUCUUUCAAGUAUCCGUUAGCCUCGCUUCCAAGCAAUGAUUCUGAUGCUGUAGAAGCAGAGGAUAUCUCUCUUCACAAGUGCUUCAUCUGCCUUCUUCAUUUGGCCAAUGAACAUGGUUUAAUCAUCAAUGACUGCCCAGAGCUGGACGAUCUCAUCAUAUGUUUUGUCUUAAGUAUACGUAAAGUAGCUCUUUAGCUCAGCGCUGUAUUGAAAAGCGUGUUUGUCAUCCUUGCUUAUCUCUUCAUGAGUUACUUAUCAUUUGUAGACUGGAAGUCUUUAAUUUUGAGCCAAAGUGCUUCAUUAUCUAUGGACGUCACCUCAUGGCAUUGCAAGGUGACACAUUACAAUA